UGAUAAAUGACAUCCGAAUAUUUACAAGUAGCGAAAUUUUAGGAGCAAUAACUGAAAGCAAGUCAAGUAAAAACAUGACUGAAAACUCACGUGUUCCACUGAUAGAACUCAGCCAACACAAUCGUAUCUUGACUGAACGAUAUUCUCUCACUGCAUCUUUCAAAAUUAUCUCACCCAUUCUCUCGCCAACUCGCGUAGUCUCACUUAGCGAUCCAUUCAGUUUGAUGCCAAGCAUUCGCGGCUGAAGACAUCGUAAUACGCUAUCUCUUCAACUUGGCGUAGUUUCGGGUUCUGUCGUGAAUACAGAUGGUCAAUUCAAAAUGUGGCUAAUUAUAAUUUCGGCUUUGGUCACGCUGGUUUCGUUCGGCUACCUUUAUUUGACAUGGAACUUCAACUACUGGAAAGAUCGUGGCGUCCCGGGACCUCGACCAAAACCUUUUCUCGGUACAUUCUCCAGCACGUUUACGCAGAAGGAGCACCCCAUCGAUGAAAAUAAUCGCAUCUAUAGGGAGUACAAAAAUGCUGUGCCCUUCAUCGGGGGAUUUUCAUUCCGCAGUCCGCAGUUGUUCGUUCUAUGGCCAACGUUGGUCAAAGAUAUUUUGGUCAAAUUUCAUCAACAUUUUAAAGCCAACGAAAUGGGAGGAACGAUCGAUCCGAAGGCGGAUCCCCUGCUUGCGAGAAAUCCGUUCUUUCUCGAUGGCGAAGAAUGGCGUCUGAAACGCGCGCAAAUCUCACCAGCGUUCACAAAUUCCAGGCUUAAAGCACUUCUUUCUAUAAUGGACAACGUAUGCAAGAAUAUGGUUAACUACAUUGAUCAACAUACUCCCGAUGGGCCGAUUGAGACUAAAGAAAUGGCCACCAAGUAUACAACCGAUGUUGUAUCAAGCUGCAUUUUUGGAGCCGAAGGAGGCUCCCUAACCUCGGAACGAUCGAAGAUUCGAGAAAUGGGAAACAAUCUCUUCCAUCAAACUUUCAUGUUUAUGGUACUGGCGGUCGUUUCGUCCGUUGCGCCAUUCUUGAAGCGAUUCGUGAAGCUCAGUUUGAUUCCAAAAUAUAUCGAGGAUUAUUUCGUGGGUUUGAUGACCGAAGCCGUCCGGAAUCGGAAGACAAGUGGGAUCAAGCAAGUCGAUUAUCUGGACCACCUGAUCAGUUUGCAGGAGCAGAAAGAAAUUUCGAUUUUGGAUAUGGCUGCUCAUGGCGUUACAUUUUUCAUUGACGGAUUCGAGACAACAAGUGAAGUUUUGGGCUUUGCCUUACUGGAACUAUCGGUCGAUAAGGUUAUUCAGCAGAGAUUACGACAAGAGGUACUGGCUGCCGAGGAGGGAGGAGAACAGCUGACGUACGAAAUGAUCAUGGAACUGCCAUAUCUGGAUCGAAUCGUGAACGAAACCCUUCGCAAGUGGCCUCCAGCGUUUGCGCUUUCGAAACGUUGCACCGAAGAGAUCACUUUCCGCCUGAACAACAACCGUGAAGUACUGAUUGAAAAGGGCAUCACUGCAGUGCUUCCUAUCUGGGCCAUUCAUCUAGAUGAAGAGUAUUAUCCAGAUCCAGCCCGCUUCAAUCCGGAUAGAUUUUCUGAAGAUGACGGUGGCCAUAACGUUAAGUACUACCAAGAAAAGGGAGUGUUUUUGCCAUUUGGAGAUGGGCCGAGGGCUUGCAUCGGGCGUCGGAUCGGAUUGCUUCAAAUCAAACGUGCUCUGGUGGAAAUCGUUAGGAAUUAUGAUUUCACCGUGAAUUCGAAAACGGUACUACCGAUUCAGAUCGAUCCCCAGAAUAUAGUGGUAACUCCUUUGGGCGGCAUGUGGAUUGAUUACAGAAAACUGUGAAUGGUCGCUUUGA